GGAAGGAGGGGGUCCUUCCAGUACCCUGGACAGAGCAUUUCCCGGCUCCGCCCCACGAGCGCCUCCUACUGGCUCUGGUUGUGCCAGCCUCGCUUUCCGGGCCUGAGACUGCCUCAAAGCUGCAACAGGGUCCAAGAAGGCGGCCGUUGCCCUGCCAGCCGACCCAGGGAGGGGAGCCGGCAGCAGAUGGGCGGGGGACGCCUGCCAGUUUGCCGCAGCAACGGCCACGCGUUGUGGAGGCGUGUCUGGGCCCGCUGGGGCCGAGGGGAGCAGCCGGGGCACACACCCAGGACCGCCCCUACUCGCCGGCCAUGUGACCUCCGACUGUCCGACAGCAGGAAUCGGGAACCUAGAGCCCAGUGAAUUGAAAAUGAACUCCGAAGAUUUUGGGUUGCCUCAUCUUGGGGAGUGGGGCUCAGGUUUCCUUUUCACACUCUAGGCCCGGGGAACCAGGUGGGGUGCCCUAAAUUCUACGAAGUGUUUAUAGCCAGGGGUCCAGCGACUUCAGUUCUGGUUCUGGCAGCCAGAACCAGAUUGGACCUUGCUAGGACUGGAUUUCCACGUCCAGCUCGGGGCAGUUGGUAGAGCGAAUGAUCUCCCUGAGGUCCGGAGCUCCGGAGCUUUCAGCGGCUGGAGCCCUUGAGGCCCAGGGAGGAGCUCGAAGCCCGGUGGGCGUGAAUGAAGCCAGAGGAGUCAAGAACCGGCCCCACCCACCCUUCCUGUCCAGGGAGUCAGCACCCGCACGUCGCGCGACCGUAUCACAGAUGGGACUCUAAGGCCAGAGUGGCAUCUCUGGGGGCUCUGCCUUGCAGCAAGGACAAGGAUCCUUCACCCCGAGGUACCGGACCCUGCGCGCUUUUCCCCGGAGCAUGAGACUGCCUAGAAGAGUAGGGGACGCGGCGGAGCUGCGCAAGAGCCUGAAACCGCUGCUGGAGAAGCGCCGGCGCGCACGGAUCAACGAGAGCCUGAGCCAGCUAAAGGGGCUGGUAUUGCCGUUGCUGGGCGCGGAGACUUCCCGCUACUCGAAGCUGGAAAAAGCGGACAUCCUGGAAAUGACCGUGCGCUUCCUGCAGGAGCAGCCUGCGUCCCCCUACCUCACUGCAGCGCCGGGGUCCUUGGAUAGCUACCUCGAGGGUUACCAAGCCUGUCUGGAGCGCCUGGCCCGCGUGCUGCCGGCCUGCAGCGUCUUGGAGCCGGCCGUGAGCGCGCGCCUGCUGGAGCACCUGAGGCAGAGGACUAUCAGUAGUGGCUCGCCUUCACAGACGCCCACGCCCGCCACUGCUCCAGCUCCCUCUCCGCAGGUGCCUCCUCCGGGCAGCCCUGGCCUCUGGCGGCCCUGGUAGGUAGGCUCCUGGAUGUUCCAGGACGGGGACCUGGAUGGGCUAGCUGACCAAGGAAGUUCCAGAUGGUGGCUACAUCUCCCUCACUUCGAGAACAGUGAGCGCCCACACCCUAGCAAGAAUCCGAUGCUCAUGACCUAUCCGGAUGAUGAAGACUUUAAGGGCUCAGCUGGAGGGAAAAGAGAAUGUCAGGGCAGGAGAAUAAAGCAAUGUCUGCCGGGUGAGGAAGAAA